CGAGCUGCCGCGGGGGGCGACUCGAGCGCGAAGCCUGAGGAGGGGGUGGGCCACCCGCCUCACCAUGAUUCAGCUGUGGAAAGUCGUGCGGCAUGUGCGACAGCUGGAGCUCCACAGACUGGUCCUGCUGCUCAUCGCUUUCAGCCUGGUCUCCAUGUGCUUCCUGGCCUACUACGUCACCAACAGCCCCAAAAUCAAGGAGCCCCCACCCCUGCCAUUCAGCUAAUGGCCCGGCACCGCAAGCAGCUGGCGGCUCCCCAAGUCCAUCGACACCUCGCGCACCGAGCCGGUGGUGCUCGUCUUUGUGGAGAGCAUUUACUCCCAGCUGGGGCAGGAAAUCGUGGCCAUCCUGGAGUCCAGCCGCUUUAAGUACAGGACGGAGAUCGCCCCGGGCAAGGGGGAUGUGCCCACCCUGACAGACAAGGACCGGGGCCGCUAUGCUCUGAUCGUCUACGAGAACGUCCUGAAAUACGUGAACCUGGACGCCUGGAACCGGGAGCUGCUGGACAAGUACUGCGUGGAGUACGGCGUGGGCAUCGUGGGCUUCUUCCGAGCCAACGAGAACAGCCUGCUGAGUGCUCAGCUCAAGGGGUUCCCCCUCUUCCUGCACUCGAACCUCGGGCUCCGGGACUGUCACAUCAACCCUGGCGCCCCCCUGCUCUACGUCACCCGGGCCAAUGAGGUGGAGCAGGGCCCGCUGCCCGGGGACGAUUGGACCGUCUUCCAGUCCAACCACAGCACCUACGAGCCGGUGCUCUUGGCCAGCACCAAGUCUUCCGAGUCCAUUGCACACCUGGCCGCCCACAGGGCACUGCACGCCACGGUGGUGCAGGACCUGGGUCUGCACGAUGGGAUCCAGCGUGUGCUCUUCGGCAACAACCUCAACUUCUGGCUGCACAAGCUGGUCUUCGUGGACGCCAUCGCCUACCUGACGGGCAAGCGCCUGUGCCUCGCGCUGGACCGCUACGUGCUCGUGGACAUCGACGACAUCUUCGUGGGCAAAGAGGGCACCCGCAUGAAGGUGUCUGAUGUGGAGGCUCUCCUGAACACGCAGGCCAAGCUGAGAGCGCUAGUCCCCAAUUUCACCUUCAACCUGGGCUUCUCGGGCAAGUUCUACCACACAGGCACCGACGAAGAAGACGAAGGCGACGACAUGCUGCUCAGGCACCGGAAGGAGUUCUGGUGGUUCCCGCACAUGUGGAGUCACAUGCAGCCGCACCUCUUCCACAACGUCACCGUGCUGGCCGAGCAGAUGAAGCUCAACAAGCAGUUUGCGCUGGAACACGGGAUCCCCACAGACUUGGGCUACGCCGUGGCUCCCCAUCACUCGGGGGUUUAUCCCAUCCACACCCAGCUCUAUGAGGCCUGGAAAUCCGUCUGGAGCAUCCAGGUGACCAGCACGGAGGAGUACCCCCACCUGCGGCCUGCACGGUACCGGCGCGGCUUCGUCCAUGACAGCAUCAUGGUGCUGCCGCGCCAGACGUGCGGGCUGUUCACUCACACCAUCUUCUACAACGAGUACCCGGGGGGCUCCAAGGAGCUGGACAGAAGCAUUCGGGGCGGCGAGCUCUUCCUGACGGUGCUUCUGAACCCAGUAUGUUUGCCCACGGGAGGGCAAGGUCGAUUGUGCCCGUGGGGGAUGUGGAGGCGAAAGCUGCUCCUGCUGCCUGCGGGGUCCCUACCACAGGGCAGGGGCAGCCAGGGCCUGGCAGGAAGGGGCUGCUGUGCCGAUCUGGGGCAGCUCAACCCCUGUGACGACAAGCGGCACAAGGAUAUCUGGUCCAAAGAGAAAACCUGCGACCGGCUCCCCAAGUUCCUUGUCGUUGGACCCCAGAAAACGGCACAGAGCCCUGCCAAAUCCCGUCCCUCUGCCCUGCAGAACCCCUGUGACGACAAGCGGCACAAGGAUAUCUGGUCCAAAGAGAAAACCUGCGACCGGCUCCCCAAGUUCCUUGUCGUUGGACCCCAGAAAACGGGCACAUCGGCUGUGCACUUCUUCCUCACCAUGCACCCGGCUGUCACCAGCAACUUCCCCAGCCCCGGCACCUUCGAAGAGAUCCAGUUCUUCAAUGGGCCCAACUAUCAGCGCGGGAUUGACUGGUACAUGGAGUUCUUCCCCGUCCCCUCCAACGCCAGCACCGACUUCAUGUUUGAGAAGAGUGCCAAUUACUUCGAGCUUCCACGAGCCAAAAUCAUCUCCAUCCUCAUCCACCCAGCCAGCCGAGCCUACUCCUGGUACCAGCACCAGCGCGCCCACGGCGACCCCGUGGCUCUCAACUACACCUUCUACCAGGUGGUUCGCCAGGGCAGCAGGCUUACUCUGUUUCAGCUGCUCAUUGUGGACGGCCAGGAGCUGCGGACCAAGCCUGCCUCCGCCCUGGAGAGCAUCCAGAAGUUCCUGGGGGUGACGCCGCUCUUCAACUACACCCAGGCCCUCAGGUAAG